CACUCAUCAACCACCAAUUCCGAAAUCCGAACUUCUUCUCCGACUCCGGGUAUCCGCCGUUCGGUCUCUCAGUCUCAGUCGUGCUCGUGCGCCAUCUUGUGUUAUUUACUCUCGAACAUCAUAGCUGAUGGUCUUGGUUGCGGUAUCUUAAAACACCAUCACACCACACUGUGAACUGUGACGACAACGGUCUUUGGUCUUUUUUUUCAAGUCUUGGUCUAUCUCUUCGGUUAAGAUAUAUAAUUAAAAUUUGUUUAAUUGUUCCCACAAAGUUUUAUGGAAUCUUAAGUGUUUGUUCUUUUUUUUCGAAAGAAUAACAUAAAUCGAAAUGUCCUUAAUCUCGUCAUAGAUAACUUAUAAAUACUUACAACUUUCGCUGCUUAACGUUGGACGUUUUGACCAAAAAUAAGUAUAUUUCACGGCACGGUCGUUAACGGUUGAAGAAAAAAAGAAUAAAUCUACAAAAUUAUUGGUCUUUGUUGUUACCUAAGCAAGUGUGUUGAGUUAAGGGUGUUCUUACAUCUUUAAGAAAGAAAAAAGUGCAUACAAAGUUAUGGGUGAAAACCCUUCUGGAAAAAAGUUACUUCUCCUCACUCACCCCCACCCCUGCACCUCUAUAAAUUUAAGUGAAUAAAUAUCCUUGCAGAAAGAAAAACAAGGAUUCAUUUUUUUAAAUUUUAAUAAAUUAGAAGUGAAAAUGUGUGGAAAUCAAUAAAAUAAAUAUCUAUAUCUUUGUAUCCUACAAUGUGUGUUAUAUAUCUAUCUAUCUAUGCCUAUGUAUAAUGCUUUAUUGUCCUGAUGUAGUUAUGUGUUAUGUGAAGGAUAGAAAAAAGUUCAGUGGCAGUGUUUCAUAAUACCCUCCCCACACACGACAACCCCAACAAAAUUAUAACUCCCCCUUUAAGAAAAAAUAAAUAAAUAUAAUAAAAUACUCACAAGGAUUUUAAGACCAACAAAAUAAAUUAAUAAAAACGAGAGAGCAGUAUUAUUGUAUAUAUCUACAACGAUAAACCUAUGGUGGAUUUGAGAAUUAAGCUUAAGUUUUGGAAUCGAGAAAUUUCAGGCGUUUUAUGUGUUUUUUUUUUUUUGUAUUUUCGUUCUCUUUAAUUCCUUCCAAGGAAACAAAAGGAAAAAUCGAUAAGCUGUUACUCUGCUCUCGCUACAUUCUAUCUCUGUCUAUUUUAAGCACCCAUGGAUUAUAACUUGGCUUAAAAUAUAUAUUUUUGUACGUUCCAAGGAUAUCCACCUACAUAAUAUAGACAACCAGAACCACCAUCGGAACAUCAUCAUAGAUACUUUUUGUUUGAGGAAUCUCAAAAUUUAUUCCAUCAGCAAUAUGGAGUCUUAUCAAACAAGAAAUAUUCUAUCAACGCAAAAAUGUUAAAUUCUGAUCGUCUAUAAGAUUCGAAGCACUGACAAUUUAAAGCCAAAAAACACAUAUACCAACUUUCCAGUCAUGCAUCCAUUGUCCGAUACUAUGAGCAAAAGCCGGGAGGAUCUGGCUGCAGAUCUUAAAAUCGAUGAUCAUCAUGGAAGUAAUCUUAGUCUUAGUAAAGAUCAAACGGAUAAUAUUCGAAGAAGUAUGGUAUGCAUACAAGAGGAACUAGGACACAUGGGUCUAGUUGGUCCAACAGAACUGCCAUAUAAGACAAACGUCGUGGUUGAUGAUCAUCACCUCCAUCAUCAUCCCCAUCCGCAUCAUAAUCAUCAGACUGAAGCGACUGACAGUAGUGCGGAGAAUACCUGUCAGACGCAUUGGCCACCAAAUGCCGGUGGUUUUGGACACCCCGAUAAGCCAAUUGGUUGGAUGUACGGCCUAUUGGGUUGUAUGAAACCUGUGUUGUCAUUUAUUGGCAAGGCGGGUGUUAUUGAGAUAAAAAAUAAUAAAUCAGAAGACUGGGAAAUUCCAUUCGAGGCGAUAACAGAUCUAGAAUGGUUGGGUAGCGGUGCACAGGGUGCUGUAUUCAGUGGAAAACUGAAGAACGAAAUUGUUGCUGUGAAGAAAGUUCGUGAUGUCAAGGAGACAGAUAUAAAGCAUCUGAGGAAAUUGGAUCAUGAAAAUAUAAUUAAGUUCAAAGGCGUUUGUACACAUUCACCAGUAUUCUGCAUAAUAAUGGAAUUCUGCCCGUAUGGCCCACUGCAAAACAUCCUGAAGGAGGAGGACGUUAUGCUGCCAUCGCGUCUAGUCUCAUGGGCGGAGCAAAUUGCUCUUGGCAUGCAAUAUCUUCAUUCCCAUAAAAUCAUUCAUCGUGACUUAAAGAGUCCAAACAUCCUAAUUGGAACUAAUGCCCUCGUUAAGAUAAGUGAUUUUGGAACAAGUCGUGAAUGGAAUGAAAUCAGUACAAAAAUGAGCUUUGCCGGAACUGUCGCCUGGAUGGCCCCCGAGGUGAUUCGCAACGAGCCAUGUUCGGAAAAAGUCGAUAUCUGGUCAUUUGGCGUGGUCCUCUGGGAGAUGUUAACAUGUGAAAUUCCUUACAAAGAUGUCGAUUCGUCUGCCAUAAUUUGGGGUGUUGGAAAUAAUUCAUUGAGGCUGCCAAUACCAUCAAGUUGUCCGGAUGGAUUUAAGCUACUAGUCGAAUUGUGUUGGAGUGCCAAACCAAGAAACCGUCCGUCAUUUCGGCAUAUUCUAACACAUUUGGCUAUAGCUGGUCCCGAGCUACUUAAACAAAACGAAAAGCAAUACUUCGAAACGCAACGAUCAUGGAAAGAAGAAGUUCGGUCACAUUUAAAGGAGAUCACACAAAAUGGAACGAGUAUACAUAAAUACGAGCAAGAUUUGAUUAAGAGGCGAACAGCUGAGUGGCGACAUGCUCAGGACAUUCGAAUGGUCUACGAGGACAAGUUGGAGAAAACGAAUCGACUGUAUUUGGAGUUGAGCGAGUGCAUGACACAAUUGCAGGAAAAGGAAAAAGAAAUAGCUGAGAGAGAAAAAAAGUUGCCAGGCUAUAAGCCAACAAGACGAUUGGGAAACACUCUUCGCAAGAUGCAAUACUACCGAAGAAGGCUCAACAAUCAUCCACCAAUGAUCUGUGAUAAUCAGUCAACCACACCGGAUCCGGAAACGACACCAGAAAGUCCCGUAAAGUGUACCCUUUACGCUCAACUAGAUGGGUCGCAACCAAAAUCAUUCUGCGUGAAUACGCAGAAGCCCAAAAAAGCCCGUCACAGACGCAUUGGUUCCGGCACUUUUGCUGCAGCACCCAAAGUCAGUCCACUGCGCGAGAGGCGAUACCAAAGUGAACCGGAAAACCGCAAAGUCAAACUCGUUGACACAGAGACCCAAACCGAUGCCAUGGAUAUCAGUGAGACAGAUGCCAGUCCCAGUGCGUUAUAUGCAUCGAGGGAAAUUUCGUCCAGCUUAAUUGGUGGUGAUGUCGAUGGAUUCCGAUUGGUCAACUGUCAACUAGCCGAACCACAAACGCCCGUAAUUGACUAUCAGGCAAUGAUAACAGCUGAUAACAAUCGCAAUUUACAAAAGCAGCAACAGCAACAACAACUUCUGCAACAAUCUCCAAACCUGCAUCAGAAUGUCCUUCAAGUAUCGAGUCCGAUCAGUCCCAAUGGCAAUUCGAAUUCCAUGACCACCAGCGAUAUGACAUUCCAAGAUGCCUGUUCCAGUCCCGAUCAACUGGCCUACGACGAUGCCAUGAACAGCAACGAAAGGCUUGACAUUACGGGAUGCUGCAGUGAUGACGAAAACCUUGAGACUCUUAAUCGCAAAGUUAUCGAAUUCAUCCAUGAAAAUCGAUUACAAACCACAACCAGCUCCGCGUCCAACACUCAAACCCUCACCACCACAACAACCAACUCAACUGGUCCUCCUGGCAGUGUCGGAAGUUUGACCCAGCACUCAGAUAAUGGCAAUUCCUUCGAUCGAGACUCACUGAUCUAUGCGUCGGCUUGCAAGAAGAAGCAACAACAACGAAGCAGCUAUACGUCCUGUGCCAACGAUUCGAAUAGUUACGACACCACAAACAAUCACCAACAUCACAGUCCGAAGACCAUGCCACGAUGUGGUGGAGGCCAAAUGAGACACAUGCGACAGCAGCAGCAUUCGGAACUGAAUAAUGCUAAUGGGGAAUCUCAGGAGGAUCUGUGCGAUGACAGUUGGUCGGAUGAGGAGGGUGAAGACACCGAUUACAAAUAUUCACUAAGGAGAAGAAGCAUUGGUCGGCAACCCAUUGGUCGUGGGAUGAGAGCCCGUCGCUGUUACAAAAUCCCAUCAUCAGCCCCGAUUCCAACUCACAAACGAAGUGUCGUAAUUGUAUCAGACGAAGAGAAUACCUCAGAAUACAGCCAUUCCCCAUCCAGCCAACAUUCGACGCUCGAAAGCAACACCGAUUUGCCAGGAGCCCUCAAACACAUGAAAAUCCACACCAAAUCCAUAGCAACAAAUACAACCGAAGCAAUGACAACAACCGCAUCCACGACAACCCUAUCAGACAGCGAAGACUCAAGUGAUUCCGAUUCGGAUGAUGGUCCAACCGUUUCGUCACAACUCAAUCAAUACAAAUGCCAAAACGCUGCCCUCAAAAGUAGCGAUGUCAUUUCAAUAGCAACUCCAGCUUCAGCUGGGGCUGUAAAUAUGGUUUAAACACACAAAUAUUCCUUCCUCUAAAAAUAAAUAUAAAUACCUAAAUAUAUUAUUUAAUUUAAAACAAAUAUCUUAUACUUAAUUAAUUUAUGUACAUUAGGAAACAAAAAUAAUUUAAUUCAUACCUUUACAAAAAUUUGAACAACUCGCAUAGUAUUGUUCUUAAGAGAGAAAACAAAAAAAAUAAGAAAAGACUCAUAAACUUAAUAAACAUAAUUAUAAUAUUAAUAAAUAUUUAAAACUUUAAAAUUUGAACAACAACAAAUUCAAACAAGGAUAAGGAUUCAAAUAGACAUUUAAUGAAUUUAAAUUAUAUAUGAAUGUGUAUAAUAUGGUAUUGUUUAGAUUUUAAGUUUAAAAUUAAGAUUUAAUUGUGAACGCAUUUACUUUACAUUUAUUGGAAUUUAAUUUAAAAUUAAUUAAACAAAGAAAAUAUAAUUACAUAAAUAAUGCAUGUAAAAGAAUUAAUUGUAUUACGAUAAAAUACAUUGCAAAAAAAAGGAAUUAAAUAAACAAGAACAUUGUAAUAAUUAUAAUUAAAUAUUCUCUAUUUAUAUUAGUUAUAUAAAUUAUAAGUAGUAGAAAAUUCUGCCUUGACGACUUAUUAUUUUUUAAAAAGAACCUCUUAGCCCUCAAACCUCCCCAUUAAUUCAUUAAGCAAGAAAGAAAUAAUUGUUGUAAUUAUAAUUUCUAAGCAUAAAUAAUUUAAUUAUGUUUAUCCAAGAUGGUUUAAUCUGUCGUAAUAUUUAUAAUGAUAUACAUUUAUAUGUUAUAAUAUUAAAUCUUAAUGUAAACUUUGAAAAACAAAAAAAAAAAUAAUUAUAUAUUAUAAUUAUGUCAUAUUGUAGCAAGUUACACAAAAUUUGCAAAACAUUUCAAAUUUAAAUUCAUUCUUAAUUUAAUAACAACAAAAAAGAAAAACACUUAAAUAAAUUACCUGUUGUACAUAAAUUGUGUAUGUAUAGAUAUAUCUAUAAGUUGUAAGAUACAAACAAACAAAAAUUACUCUGUAAUGUAAAAUGUUUAAAUAUUUAUGUAUAGAAUUAUACUGUAAAAAUAAAAGAAAAAACACAAACACAAAUGAAAAUUAAAAUAAUGAUCUUGAAUUAUUAUUACAAAACAAAAAAAAAAAAAAACAAACAAACAAAAACAAAACAAUAAAUAAAUGCAGUAAAAUUUAUCAUUAGAAUCAAUGUCCAAUAAUUUAGGUAUGGCAAUGCUGUAAGAGAAAUAAAAUAUACUAAGUAAUAGGAAAAGGAAGAUUUUCUUAGAUUUAUGAUGUGUUUUCAAAAAGAAAAAAAGAAACGAGGUGUGGAAUUAUGAAAAAUUUACAGAAAAAAAAUGA